GCAACAGUAAUAAUCAAGCCUUUCUUACUGCAAUUAUUGCCGGCCGCCCGGCCCUCAUUUUGGCGCGAAUACUUCGCCAGUAACAUCAAUUCUUCUUUCCGUGCACCGCUUGUACAAACCAUGACCGAACCAAUAGUUGCUGAGAGCGCCUGGUCGAAACUUACACCAGAUCUCAUACGCAGCAUCGCACAUCGACUGCACCCCAACGAUGUCGUUUCCGGCCUCUCGCUUGUCAACAGCGACACCGCGGCUGUGCUCCGCAUGGACUUCCACACGCUGCAACUGGCAGACACGCACCGGCAUCCGAUGCUGCGCGGCGUUCCUCGCGCGCAGCAGCCGUGGCCGGGCCCGGCCUUUGUGGCGCACUGGGGCUGCCCCGAGCCCUGGCGCUCGCUCGGCCUCCCCCAGCGGCGCCGGCUGCUGUGCCUGGCCGCGUCCUCGGGCCACGCCGCUAGCCUGGACGCGGCCCUGGCGCACUGCGGCUGCAGUGUCACCGCCGCAGCCGUGGAGGCCGCGGGUGCGGCGGGGCAGGCCGACGCACUUGGCACGCUGCUGCGGGGCAUGCGGGCGGAGCACAUGGAGUGGAAGGCGGAUCCGCUUGCGCCGGCGCUGCAGGCCGCCGCGAUAUCCGGCAACCAGCGAGCCGUCGAGGACACGCUGCGCUUUGUGGAGGACAUGUGCUAUGAUGAUGAAGAUGACCAGUAUCAGGCCGCACUAUGCGCCGGCUUGUUGGAGUGCCCAGCGGUCAGGAUACGGCGCAAGUGCCGCCGCGCGGCGGCGGUUGGCGCCUGCGGUGGUGGACAUUCCCACAUCCUCGACCGCUUCAAGGCGGAUUGGGCGGACGACCUGCGUGCAUGGCGGAAGCUUCCGGCGCGCAUGGCGCGAGCAGCAGCGGCGUCGGGGCACGUGGGUGUGCUGGACCGGCUCGCCCCGCGGGUCGUCCGCGACAUGCGGCCCGGCGUGCUGGUGCACAUUGCCCUGGGCUGUCCGCUGGAAACUUUGGUGCGCUACUUCAAGCGGUGGUACCCGGAGCCCGGCCAGCGGCACGGCGCAGCGGCAGCGGCAGCGGCGGUUGCUGGCGGCGGCGGCGGUGGCGAGGUGGGUGGCGGCGGUGGCGGCAGUGGCGGCAGCGCUGCUGGAAGUGGCGGCGGCGCUAUUGCUGGUGGCGGCGGCCGGGAGGAGGAGGAGGUGGAGGGGGAGGAGGAGGACGAGGACGAGGAGGAGGACGAGGAGGAGGAGGAGGAGGACGAGCCCGACAGCAGUGCGGACUCUGAUGAUGACGAGGACAGUGACGAUGACUACGAUACCUGGUUUGACGAUGACGAGGAGGCUGUGGUGCAUGACUGCAUCCGGUUAGCCAGUCGCAGCACCACCCCCUGCUGGCGGGCCAAGCUGGAUUGGCUGCUCGCGCGCUGGCAGCGAGUCAUGGCGCGAACAGUCGGCCCCAGUGUGAGCCCCGACGACUACAACAUCCCAGACCUAAGCAGCGAGGCGGACCAAGAGCCUGGGAGCUGGCUGCAAAGCCAUGCUGAUUGCUUCAGCCUGAAGCGAUUGCGGCACCUGCGAUCUCUUGGGCUGCUGGAGUGCUGGUGUGACCCGAGCCAGAUGAAGCGCCACAUCAGCCAAUGCCCACUGGGAAAGGUGGCCCUAGGGGCAGCGGGUGCCGGUGCUGACAGGAAGGUGCUUGCGUGGCUGCUGGGCAAGUGCAGAAUCGGCAAAGCCAAGAAGGCAUCACGCAAGGUGGCUGAAUUCAUGGACCGCAUGGCUAUGGAGGCAGCUAGGGGAGGCAACACUGCAGUGCUGCAGGAGCUGAAACAGCGGGGCAUGGUGUUUGGGCCCAAGCAUGUGCAGGCCGCCUGCGCCCAUGGCAGGUGGGAGGCAGCCACAUGGCUGUGUGAGGUGGCUACCAGCAGGAACAGUGAGGAGGAGCAGGACGCCUGGAAGCAGGCAUUUGCAGCAACUGCCACGCAAGGUGGCGGUGUCAGGCUGCUACAGGCCCUGCAGGCGCGUGGGGCGACCGAGCUGGAGCUUGACUCCAUCCUGGAGGGCGGCUUGGUGCCGGCAAUGGACUGGGCCGCUCAGGAGCUGCGCGCAGCAAGUUGCAUGCCACAGGCCAUCAGUGUUGAGACACUGCGGGAGAUUGGGAGGCAGGGAGACCUGGCGACGCUGACAUGGUUGGAGCAGCAGCGGCUGGCGCCGCCGCUUCCCAUUGCGGAUGCGCUGGUUGAGGGGAUUGAGUACGGCGACAUCACGCACGGUUCCGCGCUGCUCAAGUGGCUAGUGACUCCGGAGGGGGAGGGGGAGGGGGAGGACAUGCCGUUCCGCGUGUGGGCAGAGAUGGACGGACUUGCGCGCCUGCAGUUCCCGCACAUCACUUGGCUGUGGCUGAAGCGCCGGGGGCUGGGUGGAUGGCGGUAGCAGGGUGCCGCCGUGUGGUGAGGGCUGGGGUAGGCAUGCAUGGGCGAGACAAUGCAUGGGUGUAAGGACAUGGUGAGAAGAGCGUCAAUCGACCCGUCUUGAAACUCGGACCAAGGAGUCUAACAUGUUAGCGAGUUGGCGGGUGGAAAUCCUAUAGGGCAAGUAACCUGGACUAGCCUGAGACUGCUUGGGAGUGGGUUCUGGAUAUGUGGAGGCUUCGUGGCCACAGUUUGUUGAGUGUGCUGGUGAAGGCAAGUGGGCAGGGCUGUGCGGUGGUGCGGCGUGGCGCGGUACGGUGUGAUGUGGCGUAAUGCAGUGCUGUUAUGUGUGGGCGGUGUGGUGCGGGUGGGUGUGGUGCAGCAUAGUAUGGUGCGGUGCUGUUGCAUGUUGAGCCCUUUCAAACGCCAGGUUUUAAGCAUGUGUUUAGGGUAAGGGCUAGGAGAACAGGUAGACAGUUAGGCAAUGCCCAUCGUGGUAUGAGUGCGACACUGAAACCCCUUUACCUUGCUACUGCGUUUUGUCGGGGGUGCAUGGGCAGUUGGAUGUGGGCAUGUGGCACUCGUGCAGAGCGGAAGAGCUGACUGGCUCAUCCAUCGGAGCUUAGUGCUUGCAUAAGCGGGCCUGGGGUAGGGCUUGCAUUGGUGUGUGAUGGGACAGGGUUUAGGCAGGUUGGCGAGGUCCCGUAGGGUGCAGCGGGCCUGGGUUAGGGCUUGCAUUGGUGUCAGGGGCCGCGUGAAAACAUUCAAGGGCAGGAGCUAGCGAGCAUACGGUAGGCCUGAAUGUGCGAUGGGACAGUGUUAAGGCAGGUUGGCGAAGUCCCGCAGGGUGCAGCUGAUCCCCAGACCCCAGAAGAUGGCAAACAAUUUGCAACGGCAGGGCAGGUAGGACUGAGCGAACGUGUCUUGAAGGAUUGGCAGGGGCAACGUUGCAACAUCUCUGCCACUGCCUGUUUUGCUUCUGGUCGGGGAGAAGGUGUACAGACGCUGCAAUUAAUUGCAUGCAGGUGUUGCAAUGACCAGGUAUGGAUGGACUGCGGGAGGCCUCUGUCCGGAGGGGGUC